UUUAUAUGAAUAUUCAACAGCUUUAAAACAUAAAUAACUUCGCUUGCGAAGAGGAAACAAUAAAUACUUAAAGAAUCUAACGCAAUGUAGUAAUCUAUAUAUAUUUUAAAUUAUUCUCCACUCAAAUGAGGAAAUAUACAGAAUGUUCUAAUGGUGAAAGAAAUACUGCAAUAUUUACUACUUUUAAGCAUUGAGAAUUGUUCUUUUGUUAAUUCUGAAUGCUCUGGUAUUGAUCAUCUUUGCAGAAUUUACAGCUACAGACCGUGUUGUAUAGGAGAGAAAUGGGACGAGAGUCUUCAAAAAUGCAGGAAGUGCCCUGUUGGACAUUAUGGCGUAAACUGUAGUCUAACAUGUGAUAUCCCUUACUAUGGAUAUCGCUGCUCAACUGGAAGAUGUGCAUGUAAUCGAAUAUCUUGUCAGAUAUCAACAGGAUGUCACAGAAUAAGAGGUAAGGAUAUAAAUGACAAAAGAGUUAAAUUUAAACGAGGAACUUAUGAAACAAAGACAAUAUCAAUGGAAACACAAACAACGGCAAUUAUAUCAACAAAAACAUCGGAACUAGCAACGAUAUUCAUGCAACAGAAGAUAAAAGGACUCUCAUCUUCAGCUUUGUUAACCGAAGCUCUAACAACGCUACCGAGAACUAAUAAAACCGACCUUGUAAAUAAAAAUACUUCUUCAUUUCCAUAUAUUUUGUGUUCGAUCAUUCUACUUCCACUUUUGUUUGUCAUUGCAAUAUGUUUAUAUAAGUAUAAUACAUCAUUUUGUGUAGAUACAUGUAUGUUUUCUGUAAAAAUCAAGGGAUUACAAAGCGAUGAAAUCCAAUUUGAACAUGCCUAUGAGCAUACAGACAGAAUAUAUGUAAAUACUGGAUAUUGGCAACAUUACGACAUAAUGCAAGAAACUGGGCAUCAAUCUUUGUCUCCAAAAGACAGUGAAACGUCAUAUGAAUCAUUGAAAUCAUUGUUUUCUCUAGAAAGUCAAGACAAAGACUAUGACGACGUUGCUAAUGUAAUUUGACCUCCAAGAUAUUGAUGGAUUACAGAAUAAAUUAACAGGAUAAGGUUAGGUCUUUAAGCAAGUGAAACAAAUAGGACAAUAAAAAAUUCAACCAUUCAAAAGUCGUUCAAUUAAUCCAACAUACACAUGUAUGAAACCCUUUCAAAGAUGAUCAUAAUUUGUUUCUGCCAUUUUUGUAUGCAUUUCGAUUAUUUAUUUCGCUUCUUGGUUUGUUUAGUUUAUCUUAUUUAAGAAUUGUUUACAUUUACAUUACUUUACGAUAGCUCUCUUUCAAGUUAAU